CUAUGCACUUGUUAAAGAUAUAUAAGAAUUACAUAUUCAUUUUUCAAUAAGAAAUGUCUUUUUAGUUUUUGUGCACACAGAUGAGAGGAAAUGACUAUAACAUUUUCUGAACUUCAAGGACCCCCAUGCAGGAAACACAUAGAGAAGGAGAGGGAGACCGUGGUGAGGAGAAUGAUAGAGAGCCACCCACUGACAGGGACAGCGUUCCAGUGAGGCCUGAAACAUCUGUAGAGAGUGAAGUAGAACCAGUAGUGAUUGAAAACUGGAAGAUUAUUAAAGAACCAACUCUGGCUGCCCAAGUUUUCAAAGAUAAUCUACUAAGUGAACAUGCAACCGGGAAGCCUCUUAAACUGAAAAUGGAUGUAAGGGAGCGUGAGGAGGACAGGGAACGGGCACUUCUCUCAUUCUAUAAACAGCAACAGGAAUGGGCAUGUCCACUUCAUUGUACCCUUGAUGGGAGUGAUGCGGUACUUUCUGACAACAAUAAUAUCCAAACUCCAGUUUGGAUUCAGAAUGAAUCUUGGAGGAGUGGGCCAAACUCUGCUAUUUGAAGGUGAGCCUGACCAUCUCGUUCCAGCUGCAUCAGAGGUGCUUAUUGAGAGCAACCUCUUCCGGGUUGCAGGAAGGAUGAUAGCCCACUCCUUUUUGCAUGAUGGCCCCCAUGUCACCGGAUUAAGUCCUGCUGUUAUUCAUGUACUGUUCAAUGGGGACCCUGAAAUGUCAACAAUUGUUGUCGAGGACUGUCCUGAUCUGCACAUCAGGAGUAUUAUAACAAUGCUUGAACUUGAAGAACUUACUCAGGAACAGAAGGACACAGUGUCAGAUCUUUCCCUGUCUUGGGAUCUCCCAGCAGUCACUAAAACGAAUCAGAGGUGGCUACAUAACAAACUUCUAGUACACGCGGUCAUCGGGAGGACCAUGCGCCAAAUUAAACAGUUGAGAAAGGGAUUGAAAGAUGUGAUGCUAUGGCCCCUGCUGACAUCAAGGCCAGAUGUUGUCCCACUUCUUUUUCUGAAAAUGGCAGGAAUGCAGUUUGUACCCCAGAUGUUCCUAGACAAAAUCACAUGGCCUGUGGAGGACAGUGAUGAUGAAGAACUUGACAUUGAGUGCAAGUGCCGCAUCACUGGUUUUCUACGGAUGUUCAUUGAAACAGCUUCAUCAGAUACUCUGGCUCAGUUGCUGAAGUUCUGGGUCGGCUGGGAAAUGCUCCCUCCAGAACUCAAAGUGGAGUUUUCCGGGGGAACCUUCCCAUCAUCCUCCACAUGCUUUGAAACACUGAAGCUGCCAGCUCAUUACAACACCUACAAAGACUUUGAGGAAGCACUUGUUGCUGCCAUAGACAGUGCACACACUGGAUUUGCUCUUGUUUAAGUAUUUUCAGGCAAUGAUGUUGCUGUGCUUUUAUUCAGUAGAAAAAGGUCAAUUUGAGUGAAGUGAGUUCAGUGUUUUUCUAACAUUUCAAAUACAGUGCAGUAUUUUCUUUCCCUGAAAAUGACACUGCUUUGUUGUUGCUCUUCUGUCAACUGUUUGAUACUUCAGUGUGCAUCACCCU